CGUGUUUGUCCCCAAUUAAUCCGUUACACGACCUGGCAACCCCCCCUCUGUAUUCGUGGUGCCUAUUGAUUUCGCGUGAACGUGACAUCUGCCUCCGUUUAAUUUCGGCCUCCAGGGAAAUCUGUUCGCAUCGCGCGCGCCGAGUGAUUCUAUCGACCUGCGUCUGAUCUCAGUUUCCCUGUUUCCGAAACCCCCCUCAUGAUGAAUCGAUUUCGUAAGAACAAGAAGGAGAAGGCCAAGGAGGAGGUCGAGGUCCCCGAGAGCUCGCAGUCGUCGUUCACGGCCAAAUUGACGAAGAAGGGCAAGAAGGAGGAACCCGAGCCGACACCCGAACUUGACCUUUCGACCGCGCUGCCGUCGUCCGAUGACUUCCGCACCAGUCUGAUAAUGCCUAAACUGUCGGCGCGGUUUAGUAUGCUCAGAGAACAAGACGACCCGGCCUCGAUUAUCGGCAAAGCCAGCGACGAUAGCGUGCUCUUCCCCCGCCGUGCCUCCCGCCUGAAUAUCUUUGGACAUAACCCGAACUUGCUGUCAGAUAUCGACGAAGUCUCGAUAAAUGAGAGUCGACCAUCCGUGGCCCUGGGGCGUACGGAUUCCUACGCUUCGGGCGGCGAUGGCUACGGUACAGACGACGAUCGGUCACAACAAGGCAGCAUCAUGAGCCGAGCUCGUCGUACGGAAGGAAACAAUCUUUUUGGUGGACGCCAGAAAGUGUACAAAAUCCCCAACAAGGCGACUUCGUCGGAAGUUAGUCUGGACUCGGGACGCACUGCCACUGGAGGCCGCGUAGUCUACGAGCAUGACCUGACGACGUCUGCUUUCCAGCGGCAACGCUCCGGAGAGAGAUUGAGAUUGGACCCGGCAAACGAGGAGUCUUUGCAAGAUGCUCAAGGUCAGGAGUCUGAAGACGCCUUGUCUAGUGCAUCUGCCAAGCGAACAACGUUUUCUUCGACAGCGUCGGGGCCGACUGCCAAUGGUCGCACAUCGACAGCUGCUACUUCAUUCGAUGAACCGUCAUUCGCCGGGCCUCUCCAUCAAACAUUGUCCGGUAGUGUUGGCGAGGAGAAGACCCCCGCCUCCAAACCACCAUACUCGGGCAUGGCCUCCGAGCGGAGCUCGGUCAAGUCGCGUCGUCUCUAUGGCCAAGGUCUGGCACAAUCCGCCCAAAACCAGCAGAACUCAACACUCCACCGGCUGGAAAGCUUGAGCCGUCAGCGAGCCGGCACCCCGGAGAUGCCUCCUCUCAACCGGUCUUACUCUCGAAGUGCCACCAACCUGCGCGAACGACUACAGAAACUCGCUAUCGCGGACCCGGCAGGUGGCAUCGCCCAGCCCGCCAGCCCGCUAUCAUUGGCGGCAUCCCCGAUUCCCGAGCCUAAAGAACGCAAAUCGCCGACGGCAUCUGGAUAUGGGGCUCCUCCAUUGAGCCCCCCAGCCAGUGAAAAGGAGGAAGGGAGCGCGAUAAGGGCCUCCGUGCAGCCUGAAGAUCACGGAAAAGCUACGGCCAUGGGCUAUUUCAACAAACCGAGAACCCCCUAUGACGACAGCCAGUUCACUCGACGCCAGCUUCAGAUGCAUCAAGGGAGGGACACGCCGUCCACUGGACGGGCGACUCCGCAAGAGCCCACUGGACGAUCGCGGGGUCCGUCUUUCGCAAGUCAACGAUCGAGGGCCGGAUCUGCUUCCUCUCAUUAUAGCGAAAUCCAGCCUCCGGUCGGCCGGUCCGCUGCGGCGAGUACCAACGCCUCGCCGCCUAGACAAGAACACACCACCUUCCUGUCGAACUCCAGCCCCAGUGAUUCGGACAAUGAAGGCGAUGCUAUCGUGGAGGAAAUGGCAGACUACAAUGAUUUGGUGCAUCCUGCUUUCCGAUCCGAAACACCAACCAAGCCCUCAACUCCGGAGGAGCAGAAGAACCCGCUUCCGGAAGUGAGGUACUCAGACUUGGGUGAUUUGAAGCCGAUCGCAGAAAAUGAGGAUGCCGAAGGAUCCCCCGACCACGGAGAUACGAUUCCCGAGAAACCUGAUUCGCCAACUCUGGGUCCGUCGGGCCUGGGCCUAAGCGGUCUCGUCCGUACCCAUCUUCGACGGGAUAGCGAUAAAUCGUCUAUUUACCGGCCACCCUCCCCCGUGUCUGCCCCGAAGACUGCAGGUGGUGACACUCUCCCGGACGCCUCCAUUAAGCGAUUUGACCUGGGAGAGUCCGCGCUGCAGCCCGCCACCCCCAAUUCCUCCAUCGAGCCGAGAGGCGGCCCCCAUUCUUCUUGGGAAAGCGAGAUGAUGCGUCGACAUAGACGUGAAGCUAGUACCGAGACACAACGAGAGCGGGAGGAGUUUGCCAUUGAAUUGGCAGAACGGCGGAGAAAGGUACAGGAGAAGCUGAAGGGAUUUGCUGAGAACGAGAGUCGGUCGGCUAGCCCUGUUUCUGGUCGCCAGACCCCAGACCACGGUCCGGGAAGACCGGGCAACGCCUUUGCUCUCCUGAAGAACAAGACGGGCAAGCACAAUCUGUUCGGCAGACCGGACCCCAGGAAUCCCAAGGUGCUUGGCCUUGGAAACGCCUCUACCCCGGCCUUGGUGUCAGAUGAGCUCUGGCGCGAAGAGGAGGAACGGCCGUCGUUCAACCUCGGAAAACACUCCAACUCCAGCUCUCCACACAUUGCCCCCGACAAAUCCGUGCGGUCUCGGAUGGCGGCCUUGGGUCGCACCAGCCAGGAGGAUUCUCGCGAGUCCAGCCGCAGCCGUGCCGCAUCGCCCCAUUCAAGCCUCCGAUCGCAAAGGGACCGCUCGAGCUCCGAUGCCUCUGGCCGCUCCAAGAGCCGCACCCGGCGCGAUAGAGAUGAUCUGGGAACCGUGGAGGAAAUCAUUCCUCCCGGACCACCUGCGUUCCAUGACUUCGAGCAGCGCAGCAUGGCCUCGGUCCCGUCUUCUAACCGACCGUCCGUGGAAGUCAACGAGCCGCCCAUGUAUGAGCGUGCGCCAUCCGCUGCUUCUGGAAGAUUUCGCAGUGGAAGCCGGUCAGCGACCCCAAGUAUCCCCGAUCGACCUCUUCACCCUCCCCCUUCUGUCCCUCCCUCGAUGAUCGGCAACUCUCCACGCCCUUCUCCUAUCGCUCCCUACUCCGCCAAUGCCACUCCGCCUCUGCAAGACGCCUCCCCCGACCCCUCUAUCACACCGGCUGCUACCUUCCCAGCUGCUGUUCCCCAGCGGGCCCCGGGACACGGCCACCUGCCGAAGCGUCCCAUCAACAAGACUCAAAUUUCGGAACCCACAUUCGUGUCUUGCACGUCCAACGUUCCCACGGUCGGUCUCCCCGCUGGAGCUAGCCUCAGCAACGGUAUGGAAACCCCGCCAAUUCCUCCAAUGAACCCUCGCCGCCGCCGCCAGACUACCACCCAGACCAUUCUGGGUGCCAUCAAGGGCGAGAAGCAUGAAUCGCACUACGCAGCUUCGACGGCGAGCACCCCUAUGGAUGAGCACAGCACCUUUUCUGACGAGGGCGAGCGACGACCCAAGUCCCGACACAAUCGGCUUCGGAAAACCUCCAGCGAAGGAGGAAACCUGAAUGCGAGGGCGCGUCAGCAACAGGCCCUCUCUGAGACGCCGCCGGCUGUUCCAGCAUACCCCCCGCCCCCCGUUCCGAUGGAAGGCGGCAUGUUUUGAUUUGAGCAUUUUGGCCUUCAUCGUCGACACCCAAAACUUCACUCCCUCU